GAACCUACAGUUGACAUGGGAAGAUACGACUUUGCCAGACUUAGCAUGAUAACGUGCCUAGCUUAGCUUCAAAUUCAAACACAUGGUGCCGGUUUAUAACGAAACUUCAUAAUCAAAACACAGCCUUUUCUUUUACCGUCCUGUAAACUACACACAGGGAGGCUGAUAUUCAUCCCUCCAGUUCCUAGGGAUCCCUCAGCCUGCCCUGAUGAAGGCCGAACAAGACGGAGACCUCCUGGAAGAGGACUCCCCUCAAGAGAAUGGAGUCCAGACAAACCAGUACAGCUCCAUCUCUCCUCCUGCCUCCCCUGUGGUGGAGGACGAACCCUUCUCCACGUACUUUGAGGAGAAGGUGCCCAUUCCAGAAAGUGUCAACCAGGCAUUCAGUUUCCGUAAACUCUGGGCGUUCACUGGACCAGGGUUUUUGAUGAGCAUAGCUUAUUUGGAUCCAGGAAACAUCGAGUCCGACCUGCAGUCUGGAGCUAAAGCUGGCUUUAAGCUCCUAUGGGUGCUCCUCGGUGCCACCAUCAUUGGCCUGCUGCUGCAGAGGUUAGCUGCACGUCUGGGCGUCGUAACAGGGAUGCACCUGGCAGAAGUCUGCAACCGCCAGUAUCCCACCGUUCCUCGGAUCCUCCUUUGGCUGAUGGUCGAAUUGGCAAUUAUUGGUUCAGACAUGCAGGAGGUCAUUGGCUGUGCCAUAGCUCUCAACCUUCUCUCUGUGGGCAGGAUCCCACUGUGGGCAGGAGUUCUCAUCACCAUCACAGACACAUUUGUGUUCCUGUUUUUAGACAAAUACGGCCUGAGGAAACUUGAGGCUUUCUUUGGCUUUCUGAUCACUGUCAUGGCUGUUAGUUUUGGUUAUGAGUAUGUGCUGGUAAAGCCAGACCAACCACAACUGCUGAAGGGGAUGUUUGUACCGUACUGUUCUGGCUGUGGACCUGUGCAGCUGGAGCAGGCAGUGGGAAUCGUAGGAGCUGUCAUCAUGCCUCACAACAUCUACCUGCACUCAGCGCUGGUCAAGUCCCGGGAAGUCGAUCGCAAAAAUAAGAAGGAAGUAAAAGAAGCCAACAAGUACUUCUUCAUCGAAUCAACUAUCGCUCUCUUUGUCUCUUUCCUCAUCAACGUCUUCGUUGUCGCAGUCUUUGCUCAGGCCUUCUACAAUAAAACCAAUAUGCAAGUGAAUGAAGAGUGCAAUGCCACUGGCAGCCCGCACACAGAUCUCUUCCCUCUGAACAACGACACACUGGAGGUGGACAUUUACAAAGGGGGGGUGGUGCUGGGCUGUUUCUUUGGCCCUGCAGCUCUCUACAUCUGGGCUAUUGGGAUCCUGGCAGCUGGACAGAGCUCCACCAUGACAGGCACUUACUCUGGGCAGUUUGUGAUGGAGGGUUUCCUGAACCUGCGAUGGUCUCGUUUUGCUCGGGUGCUGCUGACCCGCUCCAUCGCCAUCACGCCAACGCUGCUGGUCGCCAUUUUCCAGGAUGUUCAGCAUCUGACAGGGAUGAAUGAUUUCCUGAACGUGCUUCAAAGCAUGCAGCUUCCAUUUGCUUUGAUCCCAAUUCUGACUUUCACCAGUCUGAAAUCCAUAAUGAAUGACUUUGCCAAUGGAUUGGUGUGGAAGAUUUCUGGAGGCGUCGUCAUCCUGGUGGUUUGUGCAAUCAACAUGUACUUUGUGGUGGUUUACGUGACUUCGCUGAACAGCGUAGCUCUUUACGUUAUCGCUGCUCUCCUCUCCGUAGCCUAUCUGGGCUUUGUUGGCUAUCUGGUGUGGCACUGUCUGAUUGCGUUGGGGGUUUCCUGCGUGGACUGUGGCAGCAGGAUGCAGUUGGGAUUGUCGCGCCACACAGACAUUUACCUGCUGAACGAUAUGGACUCUGAUGCGCCGGUUGACAGAUGAAACAACAUGCUGUAACUCACCAGUAAAUGACCUGAGUGGGACCACGGCAGCUCGGCCAGUAUGUGCUCGUCUUCACCUCGGUGUCUGAAGUGUUUUAAAGUGUCCUUAUAGUACAGCCACAGAAGUCUGUUUAAAUCGGCGAUGGAUGUUGUCAAUCGGUUGCUUUUGGCAGACAAUCUGUUGCAGAAGAGUAACAAUAUUGAAAAAUGGUUAAAUAUCUCCAAUGGAAGACUGGACUAAAGUGCUGCCUUGGCUGUCACACAGUAAACUACAUCAUUGUAAAAUAGAAAACAGUGAUAGUUGCCAAUCAGCCCUACAGUCAUGAAGUUUCCAGUCAUGAAUGGGACACUGAACUGUCCUUAAAUUCAGAGAAACAGAGAAACAGUGGUGCACCAAUUUGGUUGUCCAUUAUAGCUACUAGGCUGCACAUUGUGCCACAUUAAAGGGCUCUUAGUUUGGAUUUUUUUAUACAUUUAACUUUUUGAUCUGUUUUAUCCGGUAUGAUCUAAAAACAAAAGAACAAACACCAAAGCUGCAAUAUGUUCCCAAUUUUUAUGUCUUUGUUGGGGACCAAGCAGCUUCCUGUUAUUCUAUUCAAUGCUGUGAUAAGAAUAGUCCUUUAGAUAUAAAUAUUAGAUUACAAAAUUGUCAUGAUUAAUAUAUGAAAUAUGUACACUUUAAAAAUAUAAAAGAUAUUUAUGUUUUAUUGGUCACACUGUUCCUGUGUUUUGUAUAACGUAUGAAAGAAUGACAGUUUUAUGUCACUUUCUGUGCAAAAUAUUUUAGGUCACAUUUUGCUCAUGGAGAUGUACACGUCUGUAUUUCCAAAUCUUUAUAAACUGUUCAUGAGGAUAUCAGAUCUUAGCAUGUUAUUAAAUUAAAACCAGAGAUUCAGCCUUUUUGAAACUCUUCACUGCAGUGAUAUUUAGAGAUGAUAUCAAAAAAGGCGGCAAACACAAACUUUAAGCUACAGAAUUACACAUAUGUCCGUUUUCAGCUUGUUUACAUUCCCAUUAAAUUAAUACUUGAGUUUCUGUCAUAAAUCUGCUGCAGAGGUUCAGUGUUAUGGAUCAGUGCAGGAGGCAGUAAUUCAAGUUUGAUCGGCUCAGCCAUUACUAUUUAGAUUUCACAUUCUUUAUUUCAUUUCAUUCUUCAGUUUCCUUCUCCGUUAAGGUUAGGCCAGUUUGUUUUAAGAGCUAUUUAUUUAUGUGUAGUUUCCACUUUUUAUAAAUGCUAUAUAUGUAGUUUUAAUGCAAGCUUUAUUUGAAUGCUUUUACUUUGUUUAGGUUAAAUGUUUUUUUGGGAGUUAUUGCAGUUAGCCUUUUUAGAAGCCAAAUGUGUGUAAAAAAUGCACUUUCCCCAAAAAAAAUAAAAAUACAGUUUUUGUUUGCUGAAAUUGAUGUUGAGGAAAAAAUUGGCAGCUGAAAUAAAACAAUGAGGUCACUAUUAGAGGUGUGCUGUAUUUUUGGUAGCAGUAUGAAACAUCCUGGGAAUUCCUGGAAAAGAUAUGUGUCAAUGGAGUUUGUAAUCGUACAAAAUAUGAACAUUUUUGACUGUUUCAAACGUAAAAGACAAGUGUUGGUUUUACAACAGAGUGCUAAUAUAACAAAUAUCUCUAAUUCUGACUCUUUUGUCUUCUGGUGCCCUUUAUUUACUUAGUACAGCAACUUUCCAACGCAGUGUGACAAGAUGUUUUCCAGAAAAUACAGUACAGAGAGGACACUAGACAAGAAAAAAAAUGCAUAAAAUAAUAUCAAAAAUCCGUCAAAGCACUUGAGAGGUGUGACUGCUGCUAACUAAACAAACCUUUCCCUCGACCAAAUAUCAAACUGCACUCGUACUGUAUGUUCUAAUUCCUGUGCAGACGACCACAGUGCCUCCUCUGAUCACCAACGUGCCUCAUUAGUAGGAUCUCCAGCAAACUAUUUAAAAUAAUAAUGACAAACCAGCACUUGAAUACAGAAAAAUGGGCCAAUAUGUAAUUAAAAAGUCAAAAAUUUCACACUGUAAGCUGAGUGAUUGAAUAUUGUUUUAAAUUCUGGAGGACCAUCCAUAGGAUCACAAGAUAUGCUAACCUGAUUUUGGGUGCCAUCAGGCAUACAUUUCUCUCCAUAUGAACCUCUGGCAGCGUUAUAAAACUGCUUCUAAGGGAAUUAGCUUAAAACAGACAUUGCAGAUGUUUAGUUGGCUGCUUUUAGUUGCAUAUUAAAGUACCAUAAAGAAUUUGGGAAAAACCUGUCAGAGACCAUUUUCUGGUUUCAUGUCCAGACAGAAAACUGCAGCUGUUCUACAUUGUAAGUUUUUUUUUUUCUGAAUUUAUGAAACUGAGCAGUAUUAAGACCAUCAGCCAGGAUGGUUUUCUGCUGUUUUGUUCAAAAGUUUUCUGUUUUUAAUGAUAGAUCAUCUGUAUUUUAUGUUUCAAUAUUGUAGAGUAAAAAAUAAUUUACAUAUUAUACCUUUAAAGGUGUUUUUUUUUUCCUUUUUUUAAAAAAACAAAACUAGAAAUAAAUUCAUCCCUGUGGUCUUUUUUAAAAAUAUCUUCAAGAAAAACACUGUUCACUCAUCUGGAGCUGCUCUUUAUUCUGUAUCCCUGAUCAACCUGAUGUUUGUGCUGCUUUUCCUGUAUUGUUGGAAAUUGUUUGGCACAGCAAUGGAAGGUGUGAAAUUGUUGCAGUAUGUAACUGUGUUCAUUGAUUGGAUCUUAAUAACAUCCAAGGUGACUGAAUGUAAAAAGUAUGCCAAACACUAUAAGACAAAAAGUCUCUUCUUGUCCAAUAAACUGAAAAGAAUUUGCAAUCAGAGCACUCUGGACUGUUUUCUCUUUUUUUGCAAUGCCCUAAUGGUUUACUGUUGCUGAGGAAUUAAAACUAUUUGAAGUAUCA